GCCUAUAAUUUUACCUAAAAUAAACACUUAAAAAACUAAUGUUCCCAUCCUCCCAAGAUCACCGUCUAGGGUUUUUCUUUUUCCCUCUGAAAUCAAAUUAGGUUAUCCUUCUAUGGUUUUCGAUUUCUGAAUUUCCACAGAAUCACCAUGGCCACUCUCAAAGAGCUUCUUCCUCCUGCGAAAUCCUCCUCCACUGCCUACUACGACCACACCAACGAUCCAUGGUUCAAGCAGCGUUUCUCCUCGGAGGAGGAGGAGAAAUCCGCCGCCACCGCCGCCGCCAAGCAGAAGCCCGUUCCGCCCUACCUGAAGCGCGCCGGUUUCGUCCCCCGGAGAAUUGAAGACUUCGGCGACGGCGGCGCGUUCCCGGAGAUCCACGUGGCACAGUAUCCUCUCGACAUGGGAAGAGAAAAGUCCGGCGCCAAACCUGGAUCCAAAAUCCUUCCUGUCACCGUCGACGCUAACGGCAACGUCGCCUAUGAUGCCAUCGUGAAGCAAAACGAGAACGCGCGAAAAAUUGUCUACACGCAGCAGAAGGAUCUCAUUCCUAAGUUUCUUAAGAACGACGAAGAAGACGACGACGUUUCCGACGACGAAACGCAGAAACAGAUCGAGGAAACGAUGCAGGAGACCAAGGCCGCUUUGGAGAAAAUUGUGAACGUUAGGUUAAGCGCUGCGCAACCGAAGAACGUUCCGAAGCAGAACACCGAUGCGAAGUAUAUAAAAUACAAACCCUCACAGCAAUCCGCGGCGUUCAAUUCGGGUGCUAAGGAGAGGGUUAUUAGGAUGGUUGAGAUGGCGGUGGAUCCUCUUGAGCCUCCGAAGUUCAAGCACAAGCGUGUUCCCAAGGCGUCGGGGUCUCCGCCGGUGCCGGUGAUGCACUCGCCGCCGCGGCCUGUGACGGUGAAGGAUCAGCAGGAUUGGAAGAUUCCUCCCUGUAUUUCGAAUUGGAAGAAUCCGAAGGGUUAUACUAUUCCUCUUGAUAAGAGGCUUGCUGCUGAUGGGAGAGGCCUUCAAGAGGUUCAGAUUAAUGACAAUUUUGCGAAAUUAUCGGAGGCGCUGUAUGUGGCGGAGCAGAAGGCGAGAGAGGCGGUUGCAAUGAGGUCUAAGGUGCAGAAGGAGAUGAUGUUGAAGGAGAAGGAGAGGAAGGAGCAGGAGUUGAGGGCAUUGGCACAGAAGGCGCGGUCGGAGAGAAUUGGAGGGGAGAGAAUUGGGGUUGUACCAGCGGCACCACCGUCUGUGCCUGUGGAUGAGGAGGAUAUGAGAAUUGAUUAUGAUCAUGAGAAGGAGAAUCCGAGGGAGAGGGAGAAUCCGAGGGAGAGGGAGAGGGAGAGGAGUUUUGUGAAGGAGAGUAGAGAUGAGAGGGAGGAGAGGAUGCAGCGUGAGAAAAUUCGCGAGGAGAGGAGGAAGGAGAGGGAGAGGGAGAGAAGAUUGGAGGCUAAGGAUGCUGCUAUGGGGAAGAGGAGCAAGAUUACGCGCGAUAGGGAUCGUGAUAUCAGUGAAAAAGUUGCUCUUGGUAUGGCUUCUACCAAGCCGGGUACUGAGGUUAUGUAUGAUGAGAGGCUGUUUAACCAGGAUAAGGGAAUUGCGUCUGGGUUUGCCACUGAUGAUCAGUACAAUGUGUAUGAGCAUGGGUUGUUUACUGCGCAGCCCACACUUUCCACAUUGUAUAGGCCGAAGAAGAAUAUUGAUGAUGAGACUUAUGGAGGUGCGGAUGAGCAGUUGGAGAAGAUUAUGAAGACUGAUAGGUUUAAGCCCGAUAAAGGGUUUUCUGGGGCUUCUGAGAGGGCUGGUCCAAGGGAUCGGCCGGUUGAGUUUGAGAAUGAGGAGGCUGAUCCAUUUGGUUUGGAUCAGUUCUUGACUGAGGUGAAGAAGGGUAAGAAGGCCAUGGAGAAAGUGGGUGGUGGAGGGACUAUGAGGGCAAGUGCUGGAUCAUCGAUGCGGGAUGGUAAUGAGGGAGGUUCAGGUAGGACUCGCAUUGGAUUUGAAAGAGGGCAUUAGGUAGCAAAUGUUUAAUGAUGCCUGACAUAUUUCUUGUGGAUAGUGUUGACUGUUGAAUAUCCACAGUCAUGGCUUAGGUUGCUAUUCUGAAAAUGGAUGGUUAGGACAAUGGCUUGUGUUAGCAUUUUGGCUUUUCUCCAACCCCUUUCCUGUUGCCCUGUUUAGGUGGUCAAAUAAACUGCUUUUGUUCACUUUUUUUAGUUCUGUUGUUAAAACUGCUUAUGGAUGUUACAACAAUCUCUUUCCAGUAAAUUAUAUAUUGAAUGAAAUGAAAUGUUUAAAGUAGAUCCUUGUCUA